GCCCGAGGAUCAACACAAAACCGCCUUUCAGACCAGGUACGGUCUGUACGAGUUUGUGGUGAUGCCUUUCAGACCAGAAAUGCUCCUGGCACCUUUCAGCACGCUAUGAAUCGGAUAUUCCAUGACUACUUGGAUAAGUUUGUCAUCGUAUACCUCGAUGACAUGCUUAUUUUUAGUAAGACUGUCGAGGAGCACGUUGCACAUUUGGACAAAGUCCUCAGUCUCCUGCGACAACACAAGUUCAAGAUCAACGGUGAGAAGUGCGAGUUUGGUCGCACCCGUGUCUUGUACUUGGGUCAUGAGAUCUCCGCGGAAGGGUUGAAGCCUGAUGACGCGAAAGUGGCCAGCAUUCGUGAUUGGCCACGUCCUCAGUCUGUGACUGAGAUGAGAUCUUUCUUAGGGAUGACAUGCUACUAUAGGACUUUCGUUAAGAACUAUAGCAUAGUGGCCGCUCCUUUGAUUGAUUUGACCCGCCUUGACUCCCCAUGGGAAUGGACAGAUGAGUGCGAGGCUGCUUUCAGACAUCUGAAGCAUGCGUUGACGCACUACGAGGUCUUGAAACUUCCCGAUCCUGAUAAGCCGUUUAUAGUCACCACGGAUGCCAGCCAAUAUGGCAUUGGCGCCGUGCUUGCGCAGCAGGAGGGGCCAAAGUUAAGGCCAGUCGAGUACAUGUUUAAGAAAAUCCCGUUGCAGAAGUUGGCAAAGCCAACCUAUGAGAAGGAACGCUAUGCGGUGUACAAGGCUCUGACCCAUUGGAGGCACUAUCUCCUUGGGAGGUUCUUCAUCCUCAGGACUGAUCAUCAGACACUGAGAUGGAUGAGAACCCAGCCGGUACUUUCCGACGCUCUGAAGCGUUGGAUCGAAGUCAUUGAGCAGUAUGACUUUGACCCUCAGUAUCUGAAAGGGGAGUACAACAAGGUUGCUGAUGCCUUGUCGCGUAGACCUGACUUCUCAGACGUGAUGAAGUCCUACCUGCGCAAAUGGUGCAAGGAACCAGGAGAUGUUGACAUCAGAACUAUUGUUGAUUGGGACUACUACAGGACUCGCUUGGGUAGUGCUAUUCAAAAGAUCAUUACUAUUCCUGCUGCGAUGCAAAGGGUCACAAAUCCUGUUCCCCGGGUUCAGCAUCCUGAUUGGCUGUGGAAGAAGCUGAGGGAAAAAGAUGAUAAAUACAGGCAGCGAAGUAUAAAAGAUAUGUUUGGUCGAAUGCCACCGGCAAGAACCAACGGGGAUGACUGUGCUUCAGACUCACUCAAUGAUAAGGACAGUGCUCCUGGAAACAAGAGUGAUGCUGUGCCCAAAAAAGUGGUGGUGGUUGGAGACGUUGAAGAUGGGGGGCUCACUGCCUCCAAAACAUUGGGCAAAGGCACAAAAAAAGCAGUUGUCAAAAGGGUUAAGAAGGGAAAGGGAGCUUCCGAUGUGAAAAAGUCUGCCAAGGGUGGUACUGAACAAGCAAAUGGGGCAGCUCCAAAUGGUGCACUGGAGCAUGAUGAGGGCUCCUGUACUAUUCCUCCCAAGGAAGGCAACGAGGACGGAGCGGAUGGAGAGCAACGGGCGGGAAUGUGUGCAAAGGAUGCCAGUGCUGAGGAAAGGGUAAGCACUGCAGAGGAAGGGCCGGGACGAGCUGAUGCGCAAGAGAACGGCAGUAUGGACAUCAAUGUGGAUGAUAGUACGCUACGAGAUAAUGCAAGAGCUGAAGACAAUGGAGCAAAUGACGGAGACGUGACAGUUGGCGCUGAAAUGGUCGAUGGUGCUGAUGUGCAAGGGCACGAUAUGGUUGAAGGUGGCCCGGCAUCUAAUGGCAGUGUGAGAGCUGAAGACGAUGUGGCAAAAGGUGGGGACGCAACGAACGAUGGUGGUGCAGCAGCGAAUGGUAAUACAACAGUUGAGGGCAGUGAAUCAGCAGCAGCAAAAGAAAGUAGGAAAAGGAAGGGGAAGGCCAUUGCAAGGGAUGGAAAUGGAGGACCACCGAAAAAAAGCAAGAAAGCUGGAAAGAAGGAAGAGCUGAAAAGGCGCAGGCUCAGGGAAAUGGAGGAGGCAAAUCCAACACAACAAGGGAGGCGCCUGAGAGAAGAAUUGAGGCAAGGUGUUCGUGCAUUCUUCCGUCAUAAGGAGGCCUCUCUCACAUCAUCGCAUUGGCAGAUAGAUGUUCCUGAGAGUCAUUUCCGCUCUGCAUCACGGGAGCUCUCAGCGCAUUUGUCAGAUCCAGAUGUCGAGGGUAUAUAUGAGACCAAGAUGCCCCUUCAUGUCAAUGCAAUUCUUGCCAUGGGCUGCGUCUGCACAGUCGAUCCAAGUGCGAAGGGAAGGAGUGUUGCAGAAGGAUUCUCAAUUGAGGAGCUACACAUCAAGAGCACUGCAGGAUGUAGUUACCUGUCAGAUGCGUCAAACACACUAACUUUCUUCUUCCUCUACCAAAGCUCCUGUGAUACAAGGGGGAUUUAUGCAUUUUUCGUUCCCUUAAGCAAUUCAAUUCAACUGCUGGUUGUGAACCCUUUUAUGAACAAGGAAGUGGUCCCAACACUUCUCGAGCGACAUUAUAAGGAGGUCAUGCGCUGCUUAGCUGUGGAGGCAGGGGAAGCCAAUGCACCUCCGGCUGAUCUCGCGUGCAAGGUGGAUUACGUUGCAAAUGAUGUGGAGGCGGCGAAGAAGCUGCAGCAGUUUCUACUGCAAUACAAUGUUCUCUUGCGCACGGAGGGGGUGACUUGGCAAGAGGUGACGCUGUCUCACCUUGCAUACGCUCUCCAGGCACCUAGAGAGAUAGUAGACCUCUGCCUGCUCAGCAGCUCCGCAAUGGGCCAUAUUCGUGGAGGGACUGUGUGGACUCAAAAAUUGGCUUUGUGGAAGGAGAUUUACGUGAGAUGUCGGCUCCCGGAAACGGCGGAUGCCGUUUAUAACCAGCUGCUUUUUGACAAUCGCUUCAUUUGUGACGAGGCAGGGGACCCCUACCCAUGGCAAGGGCCGCGAGGGCCUUAUGAAUGGAAAUGGGCGGAGCAGGGCAUUUUUAAGGUGGGACAUUUGUGGGAUGAGAAUCGGAAGGACUGGCGAACACAUGAAGAGAUGGACCUAGCCCUACACGGACGCAUGAAGAAGGCACAGCGGGUUAAGGACAUGAGAGAUGCUAUUCCGUCCCGGUGGGUGGAAAUGUUAAAGAAAGACGAGGUAGCAGGGGGACAGUGGGUUAAGCUUAAGGGGAAUGAGGCGCCUGAAAGGCUCUAUAGAGUAAAACAGAUCCUAUGGAUGUCAGACAAUGGUAUGCCUGACCUGGGAGGAAUUUCAGAGGAAGAGGAAGCGAGUUUUGCUGAUGAGGUGCAGCAGCCAGAAUUGGUUUACGCCGGUGCUUAUAGGACUGUCUGUGUUGAACUCAAGGUCCAUCACCUUGCCGUGAAUGCGCUGUUGAAGUGCAGCCAAGUUAACGAGUUGGAAGGGGGAUCCUUGCUGGGAGUGGACAUUCAGCAGCUUGGUGGUCCAACAGAUUUACCGAUGGGUGCCUGUACGACAUAUGAUGAUGUUGCAUCUUGUGGAUCAGCUUUUCGAAUACUCAAGCAGAUGGUGCAGGCCUUGGUGAGCGAUGCGGUGGGAUCAAGUAACGUGUAUGCUGAUGCUCUUCUACAACACCUGUACCGAUGGCUAUGCAGUCCUCAAUCAAAGCUCCAUGAUCCAGCACUGCACAGAAUUCUGCACAAGGUUAUGCAGAAGGUUUUUGCCCUCCUGCUUGGAGAAAUAAAGAAGCUUGGAGCCAUGGUUGUGUAUGCCGAUUUCUCGAAAAUUGUCAUUUGCACUGGCAAGAGGAAAAUGCAAGCUGCGGAAGGAUACUGUGUCUACCUGCUGGAAACUUUGCGAAGCAGGGAGCUGUUUGAGUGGGUUGAGCUCAUUCCCGAGCGAUACUGGCAUACACUCUUGUUCAUGGAUCAGUUUAAUUAUGGUGGCAUUCAAGCAACGCCAAGCAAGGGAAGCAAGAACACAGGUGCAGCAAACAGCCAGGGAAUUUCAGAAAGCCAGUCCAGCGUCGAUAAGAAGGAUGAGAUGGAUCAUCCUGAUAUUAUUUCUUGCUGGAACAUAGUGGAGUACCUUCCCAAAGCCACUCAGGAAUACUUUGUGGUUGUUGUGUCCGAAUAUAUCUAUAUCCCAUGGAAGCAUGGCAUCGACAAAGACAGGGAACGGGAAGCUAGCCGAGAGCAGCAAUCACAGCCUGGGACGCAAUCGGUCACUGUUGCAGCGACUGCAGACAUUGAGGAAGAAGAGAAAAAAUUCCUAAGGCAGCAGAUUGCUUCCUACUUCACCGAUAAGCUUCUGCGAAUCGUUAAGGACGUUCAACGACACGUGGGAUUGAGCAAGCGCAAUGUGGAAGGAGACGUCAGCUCUGCUGCCACACCGCUGUCGACUCCAGCAUCAUCUCAAGACUUCGCUGUGCAAAUGGGUGUUCUCAUCGAUAACCAUAGCCCGGCAUUGGCCUUCAUCAAAACAAUAUGUGCUGUCAUGAUGCUCGACCAAACGGUGGACCAGAAAGUACGGAUAAUGAGGAAAAACCUUCUGAAGCUGGUGCAUGUCCGCGAAUUUGCAGAGGAGGCAGAGUUCAAGAACCCGUGUGUUUCAUUCACACUUCCGAAUGUCAUUUGCAGUUAUUGUAAUGACUGUCGUGAUCUGGACCUCUGUCGCGACACUGCUUUGCUUGCCCGCGAGUGGCGUUGCGCUGUUCCACAGUGUGGGCAGCCCUAUGAUCGAGACUGGAUUGAGAAUGCACUUCUUCAGGUUGUGCGACAGCGAGCAAGGUUGUACCAGCUCCAGGAUCUGAAGUGUCAAAGAUGCCGUCAGGUGAAGGCAGAUCGGCUUGCUGAGCAGUGCAAGUGCGCUGGGCCUUUUUGUUGUACCGAAAGCCCACUAGAGUUUCGUCAGCGUUUGCGUGUGUUCUUAAAUAUCGCCCGAUAUCAUGGGUUUAUUUUAUUGCAGGAGGCAGUCGAGUGGCUACUCGAAAUUGAUGCGGCUGCUGUAGAUCCUGGGGGCAAGUAGCUUUCCUCUCUGAUUGUAUAUUAUUGAUUCAGAUUUUCAGCUCAAAAUUCAAAC